UUUUUCCAGGAAAAUAUAUUAGGAAAUGUUGAAAAGUUGACUAGAAAGGGAGAUGUUGAAAUUUAGAAAUCGAUGCAUGUGAAAGCGAAUUCUCUAUUUGGUUCCUCCUUGAUGACAACGAAAUCGUUGUCGAUCAUCAAUCUUAGUUAGUUUCCUUCACAGAACCAGAGCUGAGAUCGGAGAUUUUAAGGAGGCGAGAUUUUUUGGAGAUUCGGAGUUGGGGGAGGAUUUGGUUGGUUGAUUUGGGUUUUUUGGGAGUCUCUCGAUGGAGAGUAUAAGUGAAAACGAUGGUGAUUACGACGGAAGAAAUGAAGGAGGAUCUUCAUCGGAUUACCGAUUGUUGGGUCGCCAAGUUACGGUUCAUCAGUUCAUGGGCGGUGGCAAAGCUGCUGACUUGCUUUUAUGGAGGAAACGUCAUCUUUCUUUUGGGGUUCUCAUUGUAUCAACUGUAGCUUGGCUUAUAUUCGAGCUUUCAGGGUUGCCUUUCUUAUCUGUAUCAUCAGAUGUCUUACUGAUCGGGAUCAUUAUAUCAUUCGUCCAUGCCAGGGUUUCUGCUUUUAGGAAUAGACAGGGGCAUUCGUUGCCAGAGCUUGUUCUAUCAGAGGAAAUGGUGAAUAGUGCUGCAGCUUCGUUCCGUAUAAAACUCAAUCACUUGCUUGUAAUGGCUCAUGAUGUCACAGUUGGCAAUGAUUUUCGACUCUUCUUUAAGGUGGUGAUUUGUCUGUGGCUUCUCUCUGCCAUUGGUAGCUAUAUAUCUCUCUGCACUCUUGUUUAUAUCGGGACCAUCCUAUCUGUAACAAUACCGGCUUUGUACAGUAAAUACCAAAGCAAAGUAGACAAGUGUUGCGGGUCGAUACACAGGCGGUUGUCUCACCACUACAAAAUAGUGGACGAAAAUGUUAUAAGCAGACUCUCGUGGAGCUUAUCCAAGGAUAAAGAUUCAUGAGCUUAACUUUGGUGAUACUGAGAAUGUGUUUUACUUGUUUUUUUUGUUUAGCUGUUCACUCAUUAGUUGUGUUUUCUUGUUAUUCACCAUGUGUAGUAUAACUAAACGCCAUACCCAGAAUGAAUAUAAGAUUCUUCGUUCACCUUAA